CUAAAUUAUCAGACACAACAAUUGACAGAAGAUUCAGAUUCUCACGAAGUAGAAAAUAACUUUAUAUAUUUUGUUUGUCAUAAGACAUUUUUCGUAGUUUAUGCAUAAGACAAAGUGAAAGCUCUAUCAUGGACCUCAAGAUGUAUACAGUAAACAACAAGAUCAAAAAUGCGAUAACCAUAAUAAAUUCUAUGGAUGAAAAAAAGUUUCCUAUUUUAGUAUCGCAUAUAAGUGAUAUGCUUGAAAACCAAAAGGAACUGUCACCAGAGGAAAUAAACAAAUUAGAAUCAUCUCUAAAACUCAAUUCUUACGAAGUACAAUUGUUAAUUUCCACUGUGCAAUAUUUGCUUACUGAAAAUGACAAAUAUGUCAUUAAACCUUCAGUCCUGCAUUCAAAAAUGAUGUCCAUAGGAAUAAACGAAUCAAAAGUAGAACCCUUCAUCAAGAUAUGGAUGAAAAAUAAUAAAGAAUUGUUAGAAGAUUUAUGUACCAAUGAUUUAAAUAAACCAACGCGCUUAGAGGACUUUAAAUGGCAAUUAAGUUUACAAGUAUGUUCAACAACAAAACAGAAACAGAAAUUGCCUACAGCCAUGAUGCAAUUUGUUUUAUCGAAAGAUGGCAGUGAAGAUUUGUGCGAACUUGAAAUGAAUCAUGAGCAGCUUUCAGCCUUUUAUAAUCAAUUGGAAAAUAUACAACAGAAAUUGGAUGCCAUAAACAGUUGAGCAUGGUAUAAAUAUAUUAUUGAAUGAUUUAAUACAACUAUGUUUUUUUAAAAUAAAUAAUAGAACCUUUUGAUUAUACAUUAAUACUAAUCUUUGGCAUCUGCAAUUCCACCAGUAGUUAUUGCAAAUGUUGCUUCACUUUCUGGUAAAUCUGGGCUAUCGUAUAUUUUGCAUAUACGUGUUUCACCACGUCCUUUUCGAAGAGAUAGACGAGUUGUAGAGGCAUGAGCCAUUAUGUUACCACCUGAAAAAAAUUUAUUUGAAAGCAUUUAAUAUAUAAAAGUUAUUAUUUGUUAAUUAUUUAAUAUGACAAUUUUGUUAAAAAUA